GUCAGUCUCCAGUCCGCAGAAGCACCGAGCCUCUGCACCGCUGCGAACUUCAUGACCGAGCGGAAACAUCCUCAGAGGAAAGAGAAAAGUGAUGUUAAAGUUCAUGUGAAGAGACUGUGCCUUGGCUUUAACUUCAGGUAAGAUCAUUUGUAUAUCUCUCGUCUCUAACGUACAGGUAGCCUAACCAAAACAGCUGAUUGGUAAAUGCCAACAUCACGAAUCAGUCACAACACAAAAAAUUACAUUGAAAUGUAGUCUCGUUGGCUGUCUAUGAUUCAGUGUUAUGCACCUCGUAUCCCCUCCAAAACUACAUGAAGUUUGACUGUUGCACUCCAGUAAGCACAUGCAUCUGAAUGAUCCGUCAUGUCACGCACUUCGUCUCUAUCAUCAACAAUGCACUCUACACAUGCCAUGUUAUGCUGCACGGUAUCCUAAAGUAUAAUUUACCUCACUAAAUAAGUCAUGGAGGACAUGUUCACUGCUAAUCUCUUACAUGGGUGUAAACAUCUUGCUACUGUGCCGAUAAGUGUCGUUUCUCGUAAUUAUCAGAGCUCCAAAGUGACAAAUAUUCCCUGUUGAAUGUAGAUGCAUCAGUAAAAAUGCUGGCACAAUGAGAAUGGACUAAGAACUUUUCCACAUGCUGCAAUUGGACAUGCAACCAAGUAUUUGCAGAGGUGAAACACUCACUUUAGUCCAUUUUUUAUGAAAGCUUGUAUUAUGUUACCUCUUGCACACCCUUCUCUACAGCCUAACAUCCUCUUACUUUAACAUCUGUGUAUUCUCAGGUCACGUUUCUGUACAGUUCGUCAGUGAAACAAAGCGUGUACAUCAUGUGUCAUUUUGAUACCACACAGCCUGUAACAGAGAUCUUCCUGCAGCUUCUAACUGAGGUUGUGACUCUGAUUUUGCUCAUGAAAACAUCAGAAUCAAUUUGUCACCAUGUGCAUGUAGUAAAACAACAGAACAACUGUGUGCAAGUCAUGCCAGGUCUUGGAUCAGUGGGUUGGCAGUCUGUCAGGGGAGGGAAUGGGUCAUGGUUUACAGACUUGAGCGUAGAAGCAUCUGCUGAAACAUCCUCCAGCAGGAUAUUAUGGCUUUACUUGAAACAGCAUAGUGAAGUGGGUUUUUUUUUUCACCGAUGUUGACGUUUGUCCUGCUCAGAAACAGUGAGGGAUGACCAGAAUCACUGAUCACAAAAUACUGCAAAUGGACAUGAAAACAGUGAUAUCGUAACUCAAGUUUUAAAGCAGUUUUGAAUGAUAACACCAUGCUUUGAAAUGUCUUGACAAGUGGCAAAGAUUAAAAUCUGACAAAUAAAAUAAAAUAAAUCAAAUAAUUAGCUGCUUUAAAGCUCCUCUUGGGAGUUUCUUUGCUGGUUGCACAGCCAACUGAAAUCAAUUGUGAUGCCUCUUUAUGACCUACAAAAAGAAACAAGACUACCAACAACACUGGUGAGAGGUACUAAAAGAGAUGAUCUCUAGCACAGCAAAGAGUAGUUUGUUUUUUAAAAUCAAUAAUUCACAAAACUACUUAUGCAUGUUUGUAGGGCUGGGCAAUGUGGCCUAAUUUAAAUCUGAUUUUUUUCCCAUCAGACAUGUUUAUUCAUGCUCCAAAAAUGGGCUUUUUAAAUGACUGUGCAAGAGGUUUCAGGUACUUCUGCUGCCAGCCUCAAGUGGUCAAUCUGGGAAUUACAGUUUCAGCACUUCCACAUAGUCUUCAUUUCUCAAGAGUGGAGGUUGCCACUUGUUUUCACAGUGUCCCUUUAUGUCAGAUGCAUUGCAUUGAAAGAAUAAUUCUGCUAAUUUUUAAUAGGUGUUUGUUGGCUGUAGUGGUUUUGUGCAUCUCUUAGUGAGACACAUUUCUCCCACUCUGCUGCAUACUUCUGUUUGAGUUGUGAGAAUGAAUUGCUAUACCUCUGACUUCAGUUGUCACCGCUUUUGAAUAAGCUUUGCUGCAGACUGUGAUUUGUUCACAAAACCAAACCAGGUCUGAUCGACUGAUGAGACUGCUCCAUUUAUGGAACUAACUUUUCAUUAAUGCUGGCAGCAGUGUUGUUGUGUGUAUCUCUGUAGGAUGCACACAGGGUGGAAUAAUGUGAGCUUUGGGAGCCGAAGGGAGCAAAAGUGGAAGUUGAAGAAAUCUAGAUUCUUAUUUUUAAAUUUAUGCUAAACUGCGAAUACAAAUCAAUCGAUGAAAUUGAUUUGUUGUCCAGCCCUCUAUGUAUAGAAUUAGAUCAACAAAGACCGAGUUUGGGGUGGCAGUAGCUUUGGAGUUAAAGCGGUCGUCCAACAACUGGAAGGUUGGCAGUUAGAUUCUCCUCUAUUUGGUCUGUCCAUUGUGUCCUUGGGCACCUAGCUCCCAGUGUGUGUCCUCUGCUGGUGUACGUACAUGUGUAUGUAUGUUGCUCUGGAUAAAAGCAUCUGCUAAAUGAUAUUGUAACUUGUAACUAGCUAAGUUUGAUGCUUUGUACACAGAAUCAUCAAAAAACAAAAGUUCCUUAUGGGAAAUUUAACUACAUUUCUAUGUUUAUAUUUAUAACAUUUGUUUUUGAAACUGAUGAUUUGUGUUUGCACUUGGCUGUUGCUUGGCCUAAUUCCCCACUGUGAUCUGUUGACAAAACUCCCAUACAUUAAAAAAACAAGAAUUUAUGUAUCUACUGAGUGAUGGCAAGGGUUGAUCUCAACUGUGAAGAUAGAUUUGGCCGAUGAACUACACAUUUUUGUGCUGUUUUCUUUGAAACCCUUUACUGCUGUAAAUUUGUUGACCUGGUCGAAGAGCUGUAAUGUUAAGUGAAAUCUUAUCUGAUUGGCCCAGCAGUGCAGUAAACUAAGUCUGAGAGGGUUGAACAAAAAGGUCAAUCACAAGUCACUGUGCUCAGAUGCCAUACAUGCCAUAUUUUUAGAUUUCACACAGUGAUACCAUCAAAAAACAUAAUAAAAGCAGGUCAUUUUAGCCAGUUAUGGACACAAUUAUAAAUCAUCAGUUAGUUGUCAUAUAAAAACACUGAAGAAGCUUGGCUGGGUGCAGGCCUUGGAGUGCAUUGCCACGUUGCAGCAGCAGGUCCUUGUAAAGUGACUGCAUGUUAUAUUUUGGAGCCGUGCGUAAUGGUCAGGAUGUUCUGACCUCAACCACAGUUUGACGGUGCUGUGCUGUAAAAGUACCGUGGCUCUCUGGUCCAGCGGAGGAAGCAACCUCAAACCUGACCCACUGCAACACAGCACUAUGCUCAAGUUCAUGUAUGAGCGCACAACAAAUUCCUGUCAGUCACCAGAGCUCUUCUCUGCAGUUUGUGGCUCUGUGAUUCCAGAUGUUUGACUUAAACCAUAGAUCUACUCACAACAGGCAUAGUGACAGGGGAGGGAAGCAUGUUUGGUAAUAUGUUUGUAACAGGAAGAAAGGAAGGAUACAAGAUUUACUGCGGUAAGAAGGUCAAAAAUGAGAUCUUGCUGAAAAAAACAAACAAAGAAGGACAGUAAAAUGUGUUUUACAUCAGCAUUCUCAGAUCCUCUAUUCACUGACUAUAAUAGAUGAUGUCCGGUCUGCAUGCUGUUCCCAUUACACUUGUCAAAUCCCUCAUCUGUCUCUGCUUAUGCAAUCAGUCAGGCUGCACACAGAAAACAUACUUGUUUAUGACUGUCUGCAGGUACAAUUUACAGAUAACGACAUCUUAACAAGAUCUAAUUCUCUUCCUGUGUGAUUCUAAUGAGGCCAAUUUUCUUCAUUUAGCUUUGAAACUGAAUUUCAGUGCUUAAGUCAAGCUGUGUUUAUUAUGAUGUUGGGGUAGGAGAAAUUGGCAGCUAUGAAAAGAUUAGAAACAUUCUAAUUACACAGUAGCUACAGGGUUAAAUUUGGCAUCAAAUGACUGAAAAACAGCAUCAAAGUGCAAAUAUAUAAUUAUAAACAUUAUUUGUUGUAUCUUAUUGUUUUACUUCGUAGAAAACACAAAGCAAUACAACAUAUUAAUUUUUGAUAAUUAUGAGCUAGCUCCGGUUACAUGACCUACAGUGGACACCAUGCAGCAGCAGCUUUUAAUGUAAUAAUAAAUUUAACUUCUUUCUUCCAUGCAAGAUAAUGACUUUUUUAUGAAUGACAUUUAAUGAAUGGCUGCUCUGCUUGGUUUAUUUAGUCCUUAACAAUCCUUUACCUCGUUGGUAUUCCCUUAUUCCCCUCCUUCCUUAUUGGUAAUUUACAGUCAGCGACAGCCUAACCGUGUGUCCUGAUGAAAAACUGGGAUUAGUCGAAAGAAUUAGGGCAGGUAAUCUAAGUCCAGCCCUGUGCCCAUGGGUGGCACCAACACCUUGCUAAAGUUGUUAUAUCACAGGUCCUGAUUGGUCUGAGAGCAGCCUGGGCUACAAACUACUGUGACAUUAAUCCAACACUGCGGCUUGGAGAGGUCACGUGUUUGGAGCUAAUCAGGGCCUCCUUUACUCUGGAAUCAUUUCAUCUGCAGAUGGAGGGAAGGUGCUCAGUGUUUUGAGGUAUAUUAGUCAAACAGGACCUCUGGAGUUUGUAGGAAAUCCUUCUAUUUUUGGAAAACUGGAGAAAUACAUGUAUGGGAUUGAUGUGUUAAAUCUGUUCAACCAGACCUGCUGUCAGUUCAGUUCAGGCUGGGUGAACACGCAGACAUGCAGGCUUCUUAUGUCAUGGCACGAAAAACUGGGUUUCAAGGUUUAGACAUACAUUUGGUACAUAAGUAAACAUUCAGUGCAUAGUGCAUAAUUAACUUUAAACCGCAGAAUUAAAAUAAAAUGAAAUAAAGUAAUAAAUUUUUUUGUCAGUAUUUUUUUGUCAGUAAUUUUUUGUCGUGAUUAAUAAUAGAUUGUAUAGACCCUAAAAUGCGCUCAAAAGAAAAAUUGUCAGUCAAACCAUGCAGAUAAGAAUAUUAAGAAGCAGAUAAUCCUCAAACUUCUAGCACUACAACCAGAACAAGAUCAGCACUGUUUUGACAGAUUACUUUUAAACUUAUUAUCAAAAAUAUGGGCGAUUCUUGUAUGGAUUAACUUAUCUUCUUAUCUUCUUAAUGACCUAAAUGGUUUAAUCUUAAACUGCAGAAAAGUACAAUGGCCCCGAAGAUCAGCUGCAUGAGCGCAAAAGCAUCUAUCAAAAUACAAAAAAAUAAUUCAUUAAAUACAAAAUAUUUGUGUUUAUGACAAAAAUAUUUUAUUAAUCAAAAUCAUUUUUCUGAACAAAAUUAAUUUUAUUAGACAUGCGCAAAAUAUUAACUAAAAUACAGAAACAUUUUAUUCAAAUAUAUAAUUUUAGGGAACCUUUAAAACAAACACAUCACUAAAAGCAAAAAAUAUUUAAUAAACAUAGAGUUUAAAAAAAACCCUAUUAGAUUAAAUCUAAAUACACUUUGCAAAACAUUUUUAAAAAACUUCUAAAAAUAAUAAACUGGUCCAAAAAAAUUCAUAAAUUAUUAUCUUUUUUUUUUUGGCAAAAAUUUUUUAUUUUUAUUUUUUUAUUUUAGGGUUUGUGAAAAUGUUGUGUGCCAUGAAAUAUUUUUGUUUUAAAAUAUUUUUUUUAUUUUGUGUUUACUUGUUUUUAGGGUUUUUGCCUGGUGAAAUAUUUUAGUGAAUCAUUAACAUUGUUUGAAUUUUGCAGAGAAAUUGCUUUUUAUGUAUUUUAUAUUUAAGCUCAAUUGAAUUUGGGGGAUUUUGUGAAAUAAAUAUGCAUUUAUGAAAUAUUUUUGAGUUGCUUAAUUUUAGUGUGUGUGUAGUAUUUUGUAAAAGGUUUUAACAGUUAUGUAACAUUUGGGCUGUUGACAUUUGGGACUACUGUAGAAAAAUGCUGUUGAGUUAUUGGAGCUUAACGAAAAGCUCUCAAAACAAAAUUAAACUAAUUACAUCAGCCAGACCAGACCUGAAAGCAGAAAAGUUGCACCUCUAGGUUCCUGUACUGUUUUUUGUUUGUUUUUUCUGUUCUGUUGAAGAACUGCUGACUCCUUACAAAAAGAGAGAGGGAGAGAAACUUUCCCGGCAUGAGUAAAUCCAAAGUUUUAGUCCCCUGAAACUUUUAUUUGUGCCUGAAUGCUGCUGCUGUCGUCUUUGUAUGAGCGAGUAACUCACUCCUCUCUUCUUUUCUCUCUCUGUCUACUCUCUUAGCUGGCCUCAAGUGAACUGAAUGAAAACACAGAAGCCCCCCUAUGGGGAAACCAUCGGAGGACUAAGUGGAUUGAAGACGGCAGAAAGCAAAGGAGGGAGUCAGAGAGGGACAGAAGACAGAAGGGAUUAGCUGCUAAUCCAGUGCGUGGACAGUCCUGGAGGAGCCUUAUCUGUCUUCCAGGUUGACUCCAGCAGAAGAGUUGCUAGAUUACGGCACCUGAUUGUACUGCCCUCUUUUGAAGAGGCAUCCCCGUCUUUUUUUUCUUAUGUGCUCUGGUAACUGCCUGAAUCUGGGGUUUUGGGUGCAGUGGACAAAGAAGUAGGGUGACGAGUUUGGUCUCAUGCGCAGUGUGGUGCUACACAUGGAUAAACCUCUUUAGUGGGAGACGGUGCAUGACAGUGGACCCCCCGCUCUCACUCUUGGACUUAAAGGAGCGCAGAACAACUCAUCGGAUGACAAAUCUUCCUGGAAGUCUGGAUCUAUUGAGCACCGUGGAAAAAAAGGAAUCACUGCCAGUAAGCAACAUUUUGAGUCAUUUCAGUAUUUUGUGGCAUUUUUUAAUGACUUUCUUUAAAAGGGUGGCAUUGUUGAAAAUUUACAGAGCGCUUCAGAAGGCAUAGGGAGAUCAGUAAAUUAAAGGGCUGGACAUCCUCCAAUGAAUGACUCGUCCAGAGUAUGUGUCAUCACUGCUCAAGAAUAGAGCAUGCAGUGUGGCUAAAGUAAGUAAGGCUGAAAACCACAGAGACGUGAGGAACAGCUCAGACAUAAAUCAGCUGCUAAUCCUUGCAGGCUAACCUGAAACCCAGAUAAAAGUGAGAAGGGACGCUACAGCAAGCAGAUAGAGUGUCUCGGCGCCAAAAACAGGGUUAAAAAUAGAUUUAAAGAAGUGUGCAAGCGCAUAAUACUGUUCAGUUGUAUGCUGGCUGUAAAUAAUCAAUAUCACCCACCUUAAAAAACAACUUUGGUUAAAGAGGCUUCUUUGUUGCAGGGAAAAUGUGCUGAGAUUGAUAAACACUGUUGUGCAUAUCUAAGAUUUUAGUGAGUAAAUAAAAUCUGCAAAUCCCCUGAGCUGUUUGUUUGCAAAUCCUGUUUUUUAAGUUGCAGGUGGACUUUGUCCUCUUAAUCUAUCAUUUGCAGAACCAAAUCUGAUUCCAGGCAACCCUAAAAUCGCCAACCACACACCAUGUGGUAACAAGAGGGAAAGAUUUAUGACGCUUUAAUUCAUCUGCUUUGUUAUUUUGUUAUGGUCGAAGCUGCUUUUGUGGAGGAGAAAUGAGUCAGGUGUUUGGUCAUUUUGCAUGGACGUGCUGAACUCACCCUACAACAGAUAAGAGCCUUUUUAUGCUUCAGUUUAUAUUGAAUAUACAUUAUUAUACAAUGUGACAAAGACAAAAACAGCAAAGUUGAUGAGGGUUACACAUAGAAACCCUCAUCAACCUAAUGCAUUUUGCAGUUUAAGAAUGACUUGAAUAAGUUGAAAAUAAAGUCAAAUCAUGAAAUAUAAAGUGAAAUGACCGGGAACAAAGAUGAAAUACAAUUUAAAGAAAGGAAAAUGGCGGUUGUUGAGGAGGAAUAUCCCACUUCCCCAUAAUUUUAUUUUUCAUUAUACAGUUUUACAGUAUUUAUUGCAUUUGUAUCUAAUAGGUAAGUUUUAAUAAACUAUCAAAAAUAAUUCCUAACAUUUCCCUGUAAUGGGAAAAGGAAGAACAUCAUUUUAGUCUUAUUUUUAAACUACUAAAAGGGAAAUGUUAAUCGCAGUUUCUCGCAGUAAGCACAAAGCUAAAGGUUAUUCUGUAAAUGAAUAUGCAGGUACUGUUAUCAUACCAGUGAUUCUCAAUCCAGUCCUCGAGGCCCACUGUCCUGCAUGUUCUGGAUGUUUCCCUGCUCUAACACACCUGAUUCAAAUGAUCAGCUCGUUAUUGAGCCACUACAGAGCUUGAUAACGAGCUGAUCAUUUGAAUCAGGUGUGUUGGAGCAGGGAAACAUCCAAAACAUGCAGGACAAUGGGGGCUCCAGGACUGGAUUGAGAACCACUGUUAUUAUACAGAGGAGGGAAUGUCAUAUCUUAUCCACAAUAGACAUAAGCUCAUGUAGCGUCUUAUAGACCUUUAGGGUGAUGGAUGACAAACUGUACAGAUGAGUGGAUGCUAAUUAUGUGUUUUGAUAAUGUUUGAUGUUUCUGUAUACAAGUAAACUAACACAGAGAGCAACACAAAUUGUGUUUUUACCAGCAACUAAAAGAGCAUUUCAUCUGUAAAAAUGUGUUAUGAGGCAUGCAUUAUGGCCACUGAACAACUCUUGACUUUAUUCUUGACUUUAAAUUUCAGCUUUCCCCCCAACAUUUCAACAAUGCUCAACAAGAUUUGUCCUUGUCAUUUCCACUUGAAAGCUUUGUAGUGUAAACUUUGGUGCCCUCCGUGGACAGAGCAGUACCUCAUGUCUUCACUUUUGUUUUACCUGUUUAUGUGUAACCAUCCUGCUUCAUUCCAACACUCUGAUGUAUCACUUUAAAAAAGUCUUUGGCUUUAAUUUGUAAGGGAAUUUGCCCAAGAGCAAGUCAAGUAACUUCUGAUAAAAAAUACUUCUAUUUGUUUCACAAUCUCUUACAAAUAUGGAUUGAUUAAAGUGCAGCCCCAAAAGUGAUCCACCAUCAGUCUACCAAAUUUCCUCCAGCAUUCAUGCUGUGUGAAUUCUGCAGGUUGAAUUCCAGUUGUGGUGUAAGAAAAUAUCUUCUUGUAUCUUGUCUUUGAUCUUUAAAGUCCCUGACAUUCCCAAACAUCACUUCAACCAUCUUCAGAUACCUCCAAGACUAAUUCCCCUGUCUUUCCUGUUAAUCCUGGACAAUUAAGUAGUUUUUGGUCUUCAGAGACAAGGACUUGAUUGACUCUGCGUCAUACGUGCAUCUCACAUUGUAUGUCCAUAAAGGGGACCGAGUGCCAACAGAGUAUGAAUAGACGACUCCAGCUGUGUGGAGAAUUGAUUUUGCACACAUCCUCUGCCAGCCAAACGACCACAUAUUUGUGCUUUCUGUUCUCACUGCCUUGGCAUUUAUUCUUUUCUCUCUGGUUUUACAGUGGGCCCUAAACUGGAAUUUAAACUUGACUGACAUGUAAUCGGAGCUCAGACACUCACAUUGGAAUUAAAGGGAAACUACACAACUUUUCAGCCACGAUGAGUCUGGGAAAGAUGCCAGGGAUUAAGGGCCUUGUGUCUGGCUCUCAGGGGAAACGUCGUUUUAAGAGCGAGCUGUCCGUGGACAUGAUCAGCCCUCCUCUGGGGGACUUCCGACACACUAUGCAUGUGGGACGUGGCGGGGAUGUGUUCGGUGACACUUCCUUCCUCAGCAACUACGGGGCGACGAAAGAGCCCGGGAGUCCAGACUCAGCGAGCAGCUCCAGAACGACAGGGUUCUUCACACGCACUUUUCGCCAUGUGGGGAAGACCUCUGCAGGGCGACCGAGAGGAGGUUCCCGGGACCUGUCGUCACCGCCGCCAGACGUCUCACCCAUCAUCAAGAAUGCCAUCUCCCUGCCCCAGCUCAACAUAGACUCCCCCAAUGGGUGCCUGGAGAGGGUGCUGUUUCCAAGCCCCAUCAGCUCAACAGAUGACUCCUUCUACACAUAUGGUGAGAUAAUGCAGAUAAUCACAGGGUAGUGGAGGGUGUAAAGCAUCUUAGCAGCAAGAUCAAUGUCUUCAAAGUGAACUGGGAGUGAGGAGUUGAUCUCGCUUCAGGGGGAGUUUGUUUUCCACAGCUGAACACUCUGUUAAUCCCUGCCUUUGUUAUUGAUAACUUUAUAUUCUUUAUGAAAACUUUAAUCUGCUCUUUAGGCUUCUGUUUUCUCCCCCCUCUCUCUGUCCUCCCUCUUUACAUUUUAAACACACAAACCUUACAGUAAAUCAGGCCCUGUUUUUCUAUGAUUAUGGCCCAAAAAAAUCAAAAAGCUACAUUAGGUAUGAUUUAUUGUUUUAAGAUUAGAGUUGGGAGGCAAGAGUUGGGAAGGACAUGCACCAAAUCAUGCCAGGAGCAGGAACUGAUUCAGCAACUAGUGGGAAAGAGACUGCAGCAUUUGUUUUUUUUGUACCCCAGGAGUUCAUACAAGCUUGAAUCAAAUUGAUCUCCAGUAUCAGGAGUGACAUGUCAAGAUCUGCACAGAGGUUUAUUGCAUAAUAGUUCCUUUUUUGUCCACUAAGCAUGAGUCAAAAAACUUCUUAGAUGUCUCCCAAUCCAGACAAAGCGAUCAAUGACUUAGUUAUCUGAAGCUGAUGUCAGAGCAGCUCUGCAUUAGUCACCAUGACUGAGGAAAAACUGUCAGUGCACUGUAUAAAUACAGUUGCAGUUCUCACUGUCCAGUCUACGGCAGAGCAAACAGCAUAAAGAGCUGCUGAGCAGACACGCUGCAAACACGGCCAUAAAUGUCAGUGAACACAAACAGAGAGAGAGAGAGCAAGGUCGCCCUCUCUUUCAACACCAACCCACAUUCCUCCAGGACGACCAGCAAACAAAUGAGUUUUUUUGAGUCAUCGAGAAUCACCUUGGCAACACCUGUACUACACAGACAGGCCUGUAAACACAAACACACACAGCUGGAAAUAGAAAGAUACUGAGUAGGCAGAAAGACACCAGCCAUUGCAGGCUCACCAAUCAGAGCUGAUCUUACAGAUGCAUGCAGAGACAGAGGUGGAAAUCCCCUCUUCAUCCCCAGAAUUCCCCGCCCACUUCGAGAGAAAAUUACUCAAACUGAGUGAUGAGGGCAAAAGGAGAUACUGGAGUGAAGGAUGACUGUUUCUUUGUCAUCAGCUGGUUUCUCAGGUUAUCAUCUCUGUCAUUUCCAUCCACCCCUUCAUAUCCUCAUAGUUACUGUUUACAGUGAAUUAAUCCAAGCUUUGUUGUCCAGAUUUCAGCCCAGAAAUACCAUUAAAGGCAACCAAUGAUAAAAAAAAAUGAAAUAUAUUAAUUUAUCAGAAAAAAUAAAUAGUUUUGGUCCUUGUUUAAGGUUUUGAUACCUGCAUUAAAGCAGGAACGAAGAGCAUCUAUGAUAGUGGAGACUAAUAAGACUCACUUGUUCUUGAUAUGCAGAAUAACUUGGCUGUGUUUAUUAACACAGUUUUGUAAAUUUUCAACUUUUGGCUUCCAAAUUAAUUCUACCAAAAUCUAGACUCCAGGAUCAUAAAACUAUCACUUUCUUCUUAUACUAGGAUAUUAUUCUCAUAAUAAAGCAAAAUUAACCUUGUUAGAUGAUGACUUUAUUUUGUUUAUGUUGCAAAUAUAUUCUCCAAACUUUUACAGGUAUGAAUAAUGUAUGAAAGUAGAAAACAAAUUAGUGAGGAUUAGAGGAUUACGGGGAUGUUAAGCCACACUUGUGUUUGUUUUAAAGACCACAAAGAAGAGAGGGAGAGGUUAAAGAUGUAAAAUGUCUUUCCAUCUUCCUCUAAAAAGACCAACUUUGUUAUCAGAUCAGAUCUGAGCUUGAGGUAUCUAUUGAGGUUGUCACCACACCACCUCCAUGAAUCACCCUGAAAACAUUUUGUUUCAAUUCACCUCACAUUCAUCUCUAAGUCUGUUUUAUUUAUCUUUUUCAUACUUUUUACUGUGUGACAGUCCUCUCUGUAAAUCCCCUCAGAUCCAUGCAGGAAAAUAACUGUCACCCAGUUGCUUUAUACUGCCACCCUGUGGUGAAAGGGUUCAAUUGCUGCAGUUUUAUUUGGCUUAUCAAUGACAAAGAUUUCAUUUAGAACAAUGAUUAGGGCCUGAGCACCAACAGUACAGCAAGUCCCUGAAUAGAACCCAAAGGAUUACCUUUCCAUCUUCUUUCCAUCCUUCCUUCACUCCUUCUUUCCUUUCUCCCUUUCUUCCAUUCUUCCUUUCUUUCCUCUUUCCUUUCUCCCCUAUCCUUCCUUUCUUCCUGUCUUGCUUCCAUCCUUCCCUUUAUCCUCCCUCUCCUCCUUCCUCCUACUAUUUCUUCCUGUCCUCCCUCCUAUUCUUUCUCCCGCUUCAGCUUUCUUUCAUUCUUUCUUCCUCUUCUCCAUCCUCCCAUCUUUCCCUUCAACUGCCUUCUUCCUUCCCUCCUUUCCCUCUAAUUCAAAGGUCUUUAAGGCCUCAAAAUUCACCAAACUUCACUCACUUAUCAGGCCCAGAAAAGAUUUAAAUAUUCUGUAAGUCACCGGAUCAACAGCACUCCCUAACACUCUUAAAUACAGCCUUGCUCCUGGGUCCUAUCUUUCUGCACGAUUUUUUUCAGGCCAAGACAUAAAAAUAAUCCUCUCAGACCCACCCUCUUUUCUGACAGGAAGUCCUGAAAUUUGUCUUGUCAGUGUCAGAUUAUGGUGAUUUGAACAAACUUGUCUUUGGAGUUUCAUUCUGUUAGCUCCUACAUCUCUCAGUGUUUUGGGUGUGCAGCUGUGGUGGCUUGUCAAACUUUGAUGUCCAGCCCCUAACAGGAAGUUAUUGCAACUCUGUCAUACAUCUGUUUGAUAUUUCAUAUACGUGAUGACAAAGCUUCCCCCCUGAACACAUCUUUGUACUCAGCUCUUACCCACAGUCAUAGCACCAUUCUGUAGAAAAAGAUGGUUCUAGUCUUCGCAAACAGCGACUAAUCUGUACCAAAUGUAAUCUUGGUCCCAACCUGAACUUGUCUGUGUACUGUACGUAGUUUCUGUCACAGUAACAGUGCUGCCCUCUGGUAUAGCAGCAUAACCCAGAGCUUUAAAUCACACAUGUAGGCUGGCAGUCUUGGCCUGAACAGAUCUAAAUGUGCAUUUGAUUCAUGCUGAAAGGACAGACACAAGGCAUGGUUGCAACCAAAGCAUCUCCACACCUCAUGGUUGCAACAAAGUGCACACAAGUGUGAGGAUCUGUUCAUCGCCAAGUGUGGCUUUGAUUAGGAAUCAUGUCUCAGGUCAAAAAUAGUGUAAUAAUGAUAUCUGUAGGAUCUAGUUGUAGGUAGUGAAAUGUUAACAAACACUCAGAUUUGAAAAACUAAAGUCAAAAGUUGAAAAUAAAGUAUUGGAAACAAAAAGGCUCAGAAACCUCCAGUGACUCUUGUGUUUUAUUCUUCUUUCUGUUUGCAGGUCUUCAGUCUGGGUUCGUCACUCUGCCCCGUCUCUCUCGCAUUGACCGUCAGAUUCAGGAGGGAGAAGCUCGAAGACAAGCGGAAAGUGGGGGCUACUCACUGACUCGCUCAGACUCCCUCACCUCCUUCACUGUGGACCUUGGUCCUUCUCUCAUGACCGAGGUCCUGAGCUUUUUUGACAACCCUGGUUGCCUUCAGAUGUCCAUCCACAGCCAGGCUGCAGUGGAGGAAGAGGAGGAGGAGGAGGAGAGGGAGGACAGCAGCUCUCUGACAGAGACACCUGUGCAGAGCCCUGCUGGGACCUCUCCUAACCCUUCAGUGAGCAGCGAGUCAUUUAGGAGGAACAUGAACAGCAGGAGGCGCUCUAAUGGUUCUGAAAGGACAGAGAGGGAAGAAGAGGGGGAGAGAAGUUCGCUGAGAUGUCCGGAUGCGAGUGCCGGGUCUCCUCAAGAGAAGGACCCGGGGAUCGAAGCGGAGCAGUUUCAGAGAGCAGCAGACGUGCUGUCCCGUCAUUAUGGUGGAGGAACCGUCACAAAAGUUAGGAGGAAGAGCAACAACUCUGCCUCUCCUGCCUCCUCCCACAGCCUGAAAACACCGCCUGCCUUUUCUGAAGAAGAGGAGGAAAUCAAAGUCUAGAUGAAGGAAAUCCUUACACUACAUGGAAAAUCUUUGAGACCUUUGAGGAUCAUAUGAGCCAGAAAGGUCGAGCACAGUGCUUUUCUGUUGGAGCAUCAUGGAUACUGGUUUGUUUACUUCCAGUUUCUGCAGGACAGAUGUUUGAUUUUUUUUUGCCUGAAACCUUGAUCUUCUCUUCCCUCUACAUCUGCUGCUGUGAUUUAAUUCAGACAAUUAAAACUCUUCUGCAGAUAUAAGCACCUAAAUGAGUCUGAUGACACACAACGAAUUCAUGUCAGGAUAAAACAUUAAUAAUAACUUUUAGCUGUAACAAGGUUUUAAAGUGACACUCCUGCGAUAGUCCAUUUUAACUCUGAUUUUUAUAUUUUUCAACCUGUUCUUAAUCACUCACUGAAUAAUCAUAAUGUGCAGCAGCAAUAUGUAAUUUACACAAAUGAAGAUGUUCAGGUUUAAUGGCCUUGGUUCUUAAUCUCAUCCUGAAACCAGUAUGAUCAAUAACAACUGUGAUAAAAUAAAACUACAUUGUAAAUAACUUUUAUCUGAAAUGAUGGUGAUAUAUAAAGCAAAUAAAGAUAGAUUUAUUGUUGAAGCCACCAUCCUUUUUAAAUUCUGCAUGUAUGAAGUGUCUAUCAUGUUUUUUCAGUAUUAGCUCAUGAGUAUUCAAAAAGAUGUGGGUGAUGAAGUUAAGCCUGAUUUGCACCUGAUGUUUCAUUUUAUUUGAUUUCUUAUUUUUGUAAACUUUGUUAACAGGCAUCAAAUUUCCUCAACAGCUUUUGAAUCCUGUGAAUGAACAGCUCACUUUGUUUUUCAGCCCCGAAAGAGAAAUAAAACAUUUCAACCAUUCCUCUUGUUCCUGUUGAUGAUUUAAGAAUCCAACUCUCUUUACAGAGUCAGCAGGAAAACUCUGUGUCACUAACAAUUUACAGUAAAACUGAGACUGAGCAGAAACAAAUUAGUGAUGCUGUGGAGGAUUUACAGAACUUAAAAAAUGGCAACAAAAUCUAUAAGAAACUAAGUAGUUACUGUAGGUUCAUGUCAAUUAAGUCAGAAUGAGGCCUUUGUAGUUACAAAGAAACUGAGACUCACCAGAAACAGACAUAUUUGCAGGGGUGAAAGUAACCGCCAAUUUCCACCGCAUCCGGAACGGCUACGAAAAGGCCGUAUCCGACCAUCACAGAUGAUCAUAACCAUUCAUGUUAAUGUGUUCAUUUCCGCCGUCCCUCUUCCGUUCAGCUGCGGAUCGCCGGACUCCGCAGCUGAUCGCAAGACUUACAUUUUUUCCGUAAGCCGGUAUGCAGCGGUAAGCCGUACCGGAAAGACAUAAACAGCAGUGUACAGCCGGUACUAUGCGGUACGCAAACUUUCACCCCUGCUAUGUCUGUAGGCUACAUUUGCUUACCGUGUUGCCGCACGUCAGUCUGCACUCUGCAUUGUAACUGUAGUAAUCCAAUAGGACCAUGCUGCUUGCGAGUGAG